CAAUACAAAAAUACCCUCUCCCACAUUUAAAUAUUAUCAUUCAACCUUUCAUCUUACCUAGCUUUGACCCGUGUAUCAUACUCACAUAUAAAACCAAACAACUCAACCUCUUUCUCAUCAUCAUAACAUUAACCACUUCACACAAACACAAUUUUCAUUAAACAAAAUUAAUACUAUCAUUUAACAAAAAAAAUGGUUUUGUCAUGGACAAGAAGAACCGUUUUCCGCCGUGCUCACAAGGCGAAUAAACAACUCCCCGGCGUUGAUUUAACGGUGGAGGAGAUAACAAUCCCGUCUCACUUCCGGUGUCCGGUGAGCCUCGACUUGAUGAAAGAUCCGGUGACUCUAUCAACUGGAAUCACCUACGACAGAGGAAGCAUCGAGAAAUGGAUUGAAUCUGGAAACAAAACAUGUCCGGUUACUAAUCAGAAGCUUACGACGUUUGAGAUCACACCGAAUCAUACAAUAAGAAAAAUGAUUCAGAGUUGGUGCGUUGAGAAUAGUUCUUAUGGGAUUGAGAGAAUUCCGACUCCUCGUAUACCGGUUUCCAGCUACGAGGUUAACGAGGUUUGUACGAGGUUGCUGUCUGGUUCUAAGAGUUUGGAUGAGAAAAAGUGUGUGGAGUUUGUCGGGAAGAUUAAGGUUUGGUGGAGAGAGAGUGAGAGGAAUAAGAGGGUUAUAAUUGGAAAUGGAGUUUGUUCCGUUCUUGCAACGGUUUUUGAUUCUUUUUCAAGUGUUUCUUUUGAGAAUCAUGUUGUUGUUUUGGAGGAGAUUUUGGAGAUUUUAACAUGGAUGGUUGUUAUAACAAAAUCCAAGCUUUGUUUAUCUUUAUCUUCUUUAGAUUGUUUGGUUUGGUUUCUAGAUGGGAAAGAUUUAGGAGCAAGACAAAAUGCUGUUUUGUUGCUUAAGGAAAUGAAUGUUGAGGAGUUAUCAAAAGUGGAAGGUGUUGUUGAAGGUUUGGUUAAGAUUAUCAAGGAACCAAUUGGGUCUAGUGCUACAAAAGCAUGUUUGACAACAAUUUUCAAGAUGGUUUCAUUUUCAUCGGCUAAAAAUAGAGUUGAAGUUGGUGAGAAGUUUGUUGAAUUGGGUUUGGUUUCAUUUUUGCUUGAAUCAAUAGUUGAUGGAGAGAAAGGGGUGUGUGAGAAAGCACUUGGUGUGUUGGAUUGUUUAUGUGAUUGCAAAAAGGGGAAAGAGGUUGUGAAAAUGAAUGCUUUGACUUUGCCUCUUGUGAUUAAGAAAAUCUUGAGGGUUUCUCCUUUGGCUUCUAGUUUUGCUGUUGGUGUUGUUAGGAAGAUGUGUGAGAAGAAGGAAGAAGGUGUUUUGAUUGAGGUGAUUCAACUUGGUGGUUUUCAGAAAUUGUUGGUUAUGUUGCAAGUUGGGUGUGAGGAGAAGACUAAGGAGAAUGUUACUGAGUUGUUGAAGAUGUUGAAUGGUUAUAGAAGCAAAGCAGAAUGUGUUGAGUCUUCAUUAGAGUUCAAGUAUCUUAAGAAUUAAGAUGCAUUUCUCAAUAUUGAUUUAUGAGAAUGAGAUUUGAUCAUUUUUUUUGUAUAGGGUAGAUUCAUUUAUAGAGACAAAAUUCUUUGAUGUAUAAAGAUACACACAUGAUUCAAGUUCUUAAUAGAAAUUAUAUGCUUAAAAAAUAUUGCAUCAACUAUGAAAAAUGUUAUUUGU